GUUUCCUUUUUGUCGUGUGGGAGCAGCUUCAAAGCCAUCCAAGAUGACUACAGCUGCAAGACCAACGUUUGAGCCGGCGAGAGGAGGAAGGGGUAAAGGAGAGGGUGAUCUGAGUGCGCUGUCAAAGCAGUACUCCAGUCGAGAUCUUCCAGGUCACACCAAGAUCAAAUACAGGCAACCUACCCAGGAUAACGCAGAGGAGGUGCGUGCCCGUGACUUCCGCAGGGAGCUGGAGGAGAGGGAGCGUGUAGCUGUUCGUGAAAAGACCAGAGAAAGGGGACCCAGAGAGCACACCACAUCAUCUUCAUCCUCCUCCUCAAAGAGGCCCAGACUGGAUCAGAUCCCAGCAGCCAAUCUUGAUGCUGAUGAUCCUCUCACUGAUGAUGAUGAGGAUGAGGAUUCUGAGGAGGACAGUGAUGAUGACGAUACUGCAGCCCUUUUGGCAGAACUGGAGAAGAUCAAGAAGGAGCGGGCUGAAGAGCAAGAACGCAAGGAGCGGGAGCAGAAGGCAGAAGAGGAGAGGAUUCGCAUGGAGAAUAUAUUGAGUGGCAAUCCGUUGAUUAAUUUGGCAGGGCAGCAGCAGCAGCAGCAGCAACAACAACAGAUGACACAGACUCAGAAUACAUUCAGAGUCAAGAGAAGGUGGGAUGAUGACGUUGUGUUUAAGAACUGUGCUAAAGGAGUGGACGAAGCACGCAAGGAGAAACGCUUUGUCAAUGAUACGCUGCGCUCUGAGUUCCACAAGAAAUUUAUGGAAAAAUAUGUCAAGUAAAGGACUUACGUGUUAAUUUUA